AUAUAUAUACUGGGUUCGCUGUCUUUUAGGUAUUGAAACAUCGAAUGACUUUGAUAUUUACCAACCGAGUGAUUUGGUUAUACGUGUUUCUGAAAAGUCAAUUUACUACAAUUUUAGUCAUUGAAAAUCGGCGUUCAGUGGUCUUAACGCAACGUGCAUAUCGUCGAAAAUAUCGAGGCAAACAGCCACCGUCUGACAACACUAUCCGUCGUUUGGUUUCGAAUUUUCUUGCGUACGGGACAGUGGGAGAUCGUCAACAUACUUCAUCAACGACCUCUUGGUCAUCUUUGUUCCAAUGAAUUGGUUGAAGCGAACCCAAAAGUGUCGUAUCGUCACCGCGCU